AAAUAUAUGAUUUUUAUGUGGGUGGCGCACACACAUUUUACACACACUUGAUUCUGCCAAACAUGGGGCCCAACCACCGUCCCCCCAUCUAUCUCAUCUCUCCAACUUUUUCCCCUUUCCCGUCUCAGAAAUUUCCACGUACUCCCAAACACACAACUUGGCAUAGUCAAUGAUCCAUCACCUUUUCCGAUCACUCCUCCGCCCAAUUUCACCUACCUUAGGGUUUCAUAAACUCUCUUUCUCCGACCUCGAAUUCCCAUGGAGGACGCCGCAGCAUCGUCAGUAGAACAGCAGCUGGUCGGAGUUGCCGUAGCCGUGGUGUCUGCUGGGAAUUCUAACGGGAUCGGCUUUUCUGAGAAGACGAAGCGUGGAAGGCCGCCACGUGUAGCAGUAUCGAAUGCUCCGCAACUGAAGAGACAUCGCGAGGGGGAGGAAGGGGAAGAUGUUUGCUUUAUUUGUUUCGAUGGUGGUUCGCUUGUCCUAUGCGAUCGCAAGGGGUGUCCGAAGGCAUAUCAUCCAGCUUGUAUUAAGCGGGAUGAGGCAUUUUUCCGCUCCAAAGCUAAAUGGAACUGCGGUUGGCAUGUUUGUAGUGUAUGUCAAAAGGCUUCCCACUAUAUGUGCUAUACUUGUACAUAUUCACUGUGCAAAGGAUGUACAAAAAAUGCUGAUUUCUUAUGUGUUCGAAGAAACAAAGGCUUUUGCUCAACAUGCAUGAGAAUUAUCAUGCUGAUUGAGAAUAUAGACCAAGGAAUCCAGGAGAUGGUUCAAGUAGAUUUUGAUGACAAGAGUAGCUGGGAGUAUCUCUUCAAGGUAUAUUGGAUGUACUUAAAAGAAAAAUUAUCAUUAACACAAAAUGAACUUAUUCAAGCUAAAAGUCCCUGGAAAGGAUCAGAUUCAGUACAUGCUAAGCGACAGCGGGUAUCUCAUCCUGUUGCAUUUGAUGGCAAAGGUAUUGUGAAGUCUUUUGACCAUUUGGAGCUGAAAAAACCCAAACAAUUGCUGGAGCCACCUUGCAAGGCUCCUCCAAUCACUGAAAUCCAAACAAUUGCUGAGGCUGAAAUUUUAAAUGGUACUGGUUGUUCUCCACAGUUGGAGCAAACACAGCCCAUAGAGCUAGAUUUACGGAGGAAAGAUUCUUUAAAGAAAGAAGAAGCAAGUACUGCUGUGGGGCCAUCAUUGAAUGGACGCAUGGAAUGGGCAUCCAAAGAGCUUUUGGAGUUUGUUGCACACAUGAAGAAUGGUGAUACUUCUGCUUUAUCACAUUUUGAGGUCCAGGCUUUAUUACUAGAGUACAUAAAGAGAAACAAUCUUCGAGAUACUCAUCAGAAAAGUCAAAUAAUUUGUGAUUCGAGGCUCCAAAGUCUUUUCGGAAAACAUCGUGCUGGCCACAUAGAAAUGCUAAAGCUUCUUGAGUUUCACUUUCUGAUAAAGGAGGAUUCACAGAGUAGUACAUUUAUACCAGCUGGAAUUGUUGGAAAUGUUACUAGUCAUGUGGAGGAUGGCGUUAACAAUGAUACCUCAUUCUUGAUGAAUAAAACUAAGAAACGUAAAUCACGGAGACACCCCGAAAAAAAUUUCGUGCAGGUCAAUCUAGAUGAGUAUGCAGCAAUUGAUGCUCAUAACAUCAAUCUCAUAUAUUUGCGCCGUGAUUUGAUGGAGAGUCUUAUUGAAGAUAUGGAGAAGUUCCAAAGCAGAGUUAUUGGUUCAGUUGUCCGGAUAAGAAUAUCUGGUAACAAUCAGAAGCAGGAUAUGUACAGGCUUGUCCAUGUCGUAGGUACAAGCAAGGCAUUUGUUCCAUAUAAGAUUGGGGAUAAGGCUGCUGAUGUACUGCUUAAAGUAUUAAACUUAAACAAGAAAGAGAUUGUUCCUAUUGAUUCUAUUUCAAAUCAAGAUUUCUCUGAGGAUGAAUGCAGAAGAUUACGUCAGAUCAUAAAAUGUGGGCUUGUAAAGCGGUUGACAAUAGGUGAGAUACAGAAGAAAGCAAUGGAACUCCGUGCUGUAAAACUCAAAGAUUCUCUGGAAGAGGAGAUACAACGACUCAACAAUCUUCGUGAAAGAGCAAGUGAAAAAGGGCGCAAGAAAGAGCUCAGAGAAUGUGUAGAGAAGCUAGAGCUUCUGAAGACGCCUGAAGAACAUCAGCGGAGGCUACUUGCAAUUCCAGAAGUGCAUGCUGAUCCAAAGAUGGAUCCUAAUUAUGAAACAGACGAAGAUGCUGGAGAAUCGGACGACAAAAAACAAGUUGAACAUGGGGGGCCAAAAUACGCUAGAUUUAGUAGAAGGGAAGACAAGCAUAUGUCUUCAUGGAAGAAAGAUAAAGAGGGAUCUAUCAUGGUUCUAUCUAAAGUGAGUGAAAAAAGAGAGGCUCAUGGAAAUAUUAUGAAGAAGCUAGGGAAUCAAGGUACUGAAUGUCAGGUUGUGGAUAGGUCUGCAUCUGAAACUUCAAUUACAAGCUUAUCUACAGUGAACUCAACAUCCACUAAAAAUAGUGAUACAGACAAGCUUUGGCAUUACCGUGACCCUAGUGGUAAAAUACAAGGACCAUUUUCAGUGACACAGUUGAAGAAAUGGAAUACGUCGGGGCUUUUCCCACUUGAUAUGAGGAUAUGGACAAAUGAUGAGCAUGACGACUCAGUACUUUUAACUAAUGCACUAAAAGGGCUGUUCCAUAAAGCCCCUCAGGUGCAUGGUGAGAUUUCACACCAGUCUAAGAAGCUUGGUGCUGCUUCUGUUAACAGUAGCGUUGGGUGGUGUGCAACUGCAACUGGAAUAGGGAGAGAAUGUGGAGGGAGGGAGGUACCUUGGCACCUCCGUAUCAGAAAUAACCAUUCUAAUGGUAACACUGAGACUGCGAAAAUGGAUGGGUUGUCCUCGUCUUCUCCACAAUGUUUGGACUUGAAUAAUUCUUAUUCUGACAAACCCCAUGCAUCCAGCCCAGAACCUUCAUCCAGUCAUGGAAAUGUGCACAGAGCUCCUCUGCAUGGGAAAAAAUGCCCUAAAACUGUUGAUUUUCACUACAGUACAGGUCAUAUGGUUCGGGACUCAAGUGGAAGCCCAAUAUCUCAGAUAUCUGAUGGCUUUAGCCAUAGUAUGCAAUCUCACCGUCAGAGGCAUUUAGGGCAGUCUUCCGGACAGAACUGGGGAUCCUCAAACAGUAAUAGAACUUCAGUUAAAGUAAAAUCUGGAUCUAGUUUUGCAUCAGUAACUAAGUCAAUUGAUUCAUUUGAACAAGGUAUCACGACUUAUCCAGAUCUCCCCAGCCCAACUCCAAAAACUAGCUAUGACGAUGUUGAAGCUCAGGCUGCUGAAGAGCUACUUUCUUUGAGUUCGAUUGUUCCAGUUUGUGCUUCAAAUAUCCAGGAUUUGCCAAGUCCUAAACCAGAAUUGGAAGACGAAGCUCCAGUUGGGCAGGCUGCAGCAAACAAAGAUUCUUUAACUUCUAGUUUUCCUGUUCAGGAUUCAGGCCCUGUUCCAGUUUGUGCUUCAAAUAUCCAGGAUUUGCCCAGUCCUACACCAGAGUUGGAAGACGAAGCUCCUGUUGGGCAGGCUGCAUCAAACAAAGAUUCUUUAACUUCUAGUUUUCUUGUUCAGGAUUCAGGCCCUGUUCCAGUUUGUGCUUCAAAUAUCCAGGAUUUGCCAAGUGCUAAACCAGAAUUGGAAGACGAAGCUCCAGUUAGGCAGGCUGCAUCAAACAAAGAUUCCUCAACUUCUAGUUUUCCUGUUCAGGAUUCAGGCCCUAGUUGGAGCAGUGCUUCUAGUCUAGUGAUUGAUGGCCCCCAACUUCCUGAAUUAGCUAGUGGAUUGGGUGGAUAUUCACCAGCUGCAAAACCAUCUGUGGACUCUGAUCUUUUCUCUGAUUCUGCACUGAAACCAGCUGAAGCAGUGGGUGAUCAUGUCGACACACCUACUUCAGAUGCCAACCAACUCAAUCAUAAUUCCUCAUGUCAUCAAAUCUCAAACUUUUCUGAUUGGCGAGCACUCUUUGGUGAGCCAAUAGAGUUCAGCAUUUUAGAUGAGGAAUCAGUAUCAGACCUAUUAGCUGAAGUUGAUGCAAUGGAAUCUCAAACUCAAAGUGGUAUGGGUUCACCAACCUCAGCCAUGAGGUGCGGUGAGGAGACAAUAUCUGUGUUUAAAAGUGACUUUUUCAGCUUUCUUGAGGAGCUUAGUCCCACACUUGAUCCUGCAAAAAAUGAUGCUCUGAGCUCCACUGAAGAUAUGCAGUUACCUUGUCAAUCCUCUCUGACAGAUGAACUAGCGGGGGCAUCACAGGCCGAAGCUUUUGAUCCUUUAAAGAGGUCUAGCAGGACUUCAUCUUCUUGCAAUGAGAGAGAAACAAAGUCAGCUGAUGUUUGCUUUUCCCAGGGUGAAGCUGGGUCCAAUGUACCUACACCCUCUACCACGAGGAAAACUGAAGUUUCAGUCAUCAGCUAUAGUACAGGUCUGGAAGCUAUAACCACCGACUAUUGUGCAGCACCUGCAAACAUGAUUUGCAGUAGACUGGUUCAGGGAUUCACAGAUGUUAAUCAAGGUAGCAGCAUGGUGACUGCAUGUGGACGUUCAAACGUGAAUACCUCCCCUUUCACUGGGAAUCCAUUGCCUGAAAGCCAGUGUAUAUACUCAGGAGAGAGGUCUGGUGGUCCAGGAGAUGGGGUUAUUCCAGUAGGGGACUUGGGAUUUGGAAGGGAUGGGUCAUCGUGGUGCAGACAGACAUUUGGUGGCAGGGCAUACUCUGGGCCUCCUCCAAAUGGACAACGUGUUUGCAAGUUUUAUGAGAGUGGGCAUUGCAAGAAGGGGGCGUCGUGCGACUAUUUUCACCUUUGAAGGUAUGAAUUGGUGAAUUCACGGCAAUUGCUUUAAUCUUUUUUGUACAACCAUUUCUUUCAGUAGGAUGAUCAAGAUGUAGCUAAAAUGUUAGUAUAAUUUAACCAAAAAAUUUCAGUUAAAGAAGGCAGGAUACAAAAAGAAUUCCCACUGAACCAUAAUGUUAACCAGGUAGAAACUAGUACACUAAAGCAGACCAAAAUAAUUGUAUCAUCCUUGUAUUUGAUCGGGGAACUAUUGCUCUAUGUACAAACUACAGCAGUGAAUUGGUGAUCGUCAGGAAUUUGUACGUAUACAUUAGAGAUUAGAGAGAA